AUGGAAUGCUGAAAGCAAGGAUGCAAAAAUAAAGUCAAAGUUCUCUUCAAAUAUAUGGAUUCUCCCAGCUACUCUUGCAAAAUCCACAUGUAUAAGUAUGCUCAAGCUACUUCUAUUGAAGAGCACAAGUUUGAAAUCUUAGAAAUAAAAGUAAAUCAAAAAUAUAAAGAAAACCUAAUUGAAGAGCUGCAUAAAUUAUCAAAAGAAUUGCUUGAUAUAAAAGAAAACUUAAUAAAAGACACAUAUAAGAAAAUACAAGAGUUAAAAUUAUCACUUAUUAAAGCGCUAGAAAAUAUUGAAAAAAUAAGAAUAAAUCAAGUUGAUUUAAUUAGAAGCAUUAGCUCGAUAAAAAAAAUACCAAAAAUAAAUCAAAAUCCACUUGAAAAGCUAUUAAGCUUAGAUCCAGAUAGUGCCCAAAAAAAGUUGGAUGAGUUCGGGUGCAAGUUUAAUCAUUCCGAUUUUGAAUUGAACAAAAAUGAUAGAGCCGAUGAUAUUGAAAACAAUGAAAUUGUAUUUUUUAGAAAUAACACAAAAAACUCAGUUAGAGUAAAUUUAACCAAUUAUUCAAAGUCUGAGAAGCAGAUAUAUAUUCUUCAAAACAAUGUUAGUCAUCCUCAUGCUAUUUCUAUGUGUCUUAUUCCUGAUAAAUCUAUAUUUUGUUAUGGCAAUUAUCCUGGAGAAGGAACAGCAUUUAUAUUGUAUCCAAAUAGCAUUAUUAAACAGCUUUCAGAUGGAAAUCCUUCAGGAAAUAUGGGUGCUGUGUAUUAUGAUGGCUUUAUUUACUUAUUUGGAGGAUUUAAUGCUCAAGGUAAUGCAUGGAAUCAAGCAGCAAAAUAUGAGUUAUCAACUGAUAAGUGGUAUUAUCUGAAGAGCAAUUUGCUAUAUGCUUUUGACUUAAAGUUUUCCAUAUUGAGUAAACUAUUAUGUAGUUUCUUAAUUUAUUAACUCCCCCCCCCCCUCCGUGAGCGAACAAAAAAAUUUUGUUCGCUCACGGAGGGGGGUUAAUUUUUUUUUUUAAAAAAAUUUAUAUAUAAAUUUUAUAAAAAAUAUUUUUUUUCGAAAUUUAAAAAAUCCUAAUUUGCAAAAAUUGGGAAGCAAAUAUUAAUUUAAUUUGCAAAAUUUAUGUUUUAAAACGCAAUUUGUUUAAAAUUAAACAGAAUUAGCUCUAGAUUUCAUUAUACUAAUUAUCACUUAUAUAUCCAAAUUUUUUUUCCAUUAAAAUUUUUUGUAUUAAAAAACAUUUUUUGUUCACUCACGGAGGGUGGGUUUUUGGUCAAAAAAUGGCGAUUUUUCUAAUGGUUUUGUUCGCUCACGGAGGGGGGGGGGAGUAAGAUAUUGAAAUAAGGAAGAAAAACUUUAGUAGAGAAUAUGAAAUUCGCCCUCUCAAAGAAAAUCUAAGCCGCGUUUCAUGUAUUGCAGGCAAUUAUGGAAUCGCAUUUGUUGGGUUUCAAAGUAGCGAACUAUAUUUAUAUAAUCAUAAGCAAGAUAUAUAUAAUAAAAUUUAUUGCAACUUUGCAGCUAAUACCAGGAAAGUCUUGCUCCAGGCAGAAAAUCGAGUAUUUUUGAUCGAAUCCGGAAAAAAUAUAUAUGAAAGUAAUUCAAGUCAACUAAGCAAUUGGAAAAUUAUAGGAGCAUCGCAGAUUAGCUAUGGUUCCAGAGCAGCAUAUCAAGUUUAUUUUAAUCAAAGUUGCUAUUUCAUGGACAGUGAUUGUAGAAUAUAUAAAUUUGAUAUGAAGAGCUUACAAUUAACGAUAACUCAGAUAUAA